UAGUAAGGCCGCUGAUGAUUUCCGCAGGCUCGUAUAUUGCCUCGCGUGCAAAAUGGCGGAUGGUGGUUCGAUAUACCGGGCUCUACGGCUCCAUACCUCGCCAGAGAAAUUCUAUAUUGAGCCAAGAGAUGUGCAAUCAAUCGGAGACAAAAUAUUGGAGAUUGAUCGAGUCAGUCAGGAACUUUCUUUGACAGAUAAUGAGGGACAGAUUCCACCUUCUGCUGACAGCGUGGACAUAUUUGGUAUUAUGGGCAUUAUCUAUUUACUGGCAGGCCCAUAUCUUAUUGUGAUCACAAAGAAGAAGCUGGUUGGGUAUAUUCAGGGCAGUGAAGUUUGGAAAGUUCUGCAGACAAACGUUAUACCAUUUCCUAGAGCUACACUCCACCUCACUGAAAGCCAGCAAUACCACAACAAGCUAUAUCUCUCUAUGGUCCAGUCUGUCCUUCAGACAGAGAGCUUCUAUUUCUCUUGUACAUACGACCUUACACACACUCUUCAACGUCUAUCAAGAACUAGUCCAGAAUUUUUACAGAUGCCUUUAUAUGAGAGGGUUGACCCAAGAUUUGUGUGGAACAGUCACCUGUUAACUCCUUUCGCAGUGCAACCAGAGCUCCAAAGGUUCAUCUUACCAGUUAUGCAUGGAUUUAUCAGUAUCACAUCUUGUUCCAUCAAGCAGAGAUCUUUUGAUUUCAUCUUAAUCUCUAGAAGGAGCUGCUUCAGGGCAGGCGUGAGGUACUUCAUGAGAGGAAUCGAUGGUGAGGGCAAUGCAGCUAACUAUGUAGAAACAGAACAGAUAAUCCAGUUCAACACUGGCACAUCAUCAUUUGUCCAGAUACGAGGCUCCAUCCCUUUGUACUGGACGCAAAGACCAAACCUCAAAUACAAGCCCAAGCCACAAGUCAGCAGUACUGCUGAUCAUAGCCUUGGAUUUCAAUACCACAUUGACAACGAGAUAGCACACUAUAAAGAAUUAGUUCUUAUCAAUCUGAUUGACCAGAAGGGGCCAGAAAAAGCUCUUGGGGAUCGUUUCUCCUCAAUAAUUAGGAAUUCACCUUACAAGGAGACCUCGUUGAGAUAUGAGGCUUUUGAUUUCCACAAAGAAUGCAGUAAGAUGAGAUGGGACAGGCUCAAUCUACUGAUUGACAGACUAAGCCCUGACCAGAAGAAGUUUGGAUAUUUCAGUAUGGGAAAAGACAAGGACAUACAGUCGGAACAGAAGGGAGUGUUUAGAACCAACUGCAUUGACUCGCUUGACCGGACAAAUGUAGUCCAAAGCAUGCUGGCCCGGAACAGUCUGCAGCUACAACUUGAGGAAUACGGCGUUCUAGCAACUGGAGAAAGAAUUGUUGACCAUAAUGACUUUGAAUACACUUUUAAGAAUGUCUGGGCCGAUAAUGCUGAUGCCUGCUCAGUGCAGUACGCAGGAACUGGGGCUCUCAAGACUGAUUUUACAAGGACAGGCAAGAGGUCUGUGUUUGGUGCGAUGCGAGAUGGAGUCAACUCCAUGAUCCGCUAUUACAAGAAUAACUUCUCUGACGGUUAUAGGCAGGAUUCGAUAGAUCUGUUUCUUGGAAACUAUGUGGUUGAUGCUAAUGAAUGUGUGUCCAAGGUGUGCCCGCUGCAAACUAAGCGAGACUGGAGAUACAUGAUGCUGCCUCUUAUCCUGCUGUUUGGAUUCUCGAUGUUCAUAAUAAGCGUUCUUAUUCCUUCAACUGAUUAUGGUAUCCAAUUCCUGUAUAUCUUGUUCUGGGGUGCAGCGGUGCUCUUCACACUCUAUGUAGUCAUGUUCUUUGGUACUGAGUAUGUGGAUCAACCAAAGCUCGUACAGACACAACUCAAGGACAAGAAUGUAUGACUAGACCGAACACAUCCAUCGUCCACCAGGGACUUUCGCUACUACGACUGGGUCUGACACCACAUUUGUGACACCUGGCAUUCAAAGAUUCUCAUUGAUUUCUCAUGGAAGAAUUGCUUCUGCAUAAAGACAAGUAGCGGAUCUAGGGGGAUGGUUUAGGGGGUUUUAACCCCUCCUCUUUGGGCUGACAUAUGAAAUGAAACCCCUCCCCUUUUGUCAAUGAGCCAAACCCCCCUUUAUCGAAAAGCUGUAUCUGCCCCUGUAGACAUACCCUUUACUCCAGGGAAUGGGAAGGAGUGAUAGGGAAAAGAGACAAUGAAUCUAGGGGGACCUUGUAUAUUGGUACCACCUUCCAAUCUGGAGAAAAUUCAACCUUCCCCUGGGGGACCUUUUUCAUCAGCCCCUUGUACUCUGCCUGGUGAUGUGAUCAUGACCAAGGCAAUGUGACCUGUCUAUAUUUUCUCUAGAUUGUAACAACUUUAUAAAUUGUAACUGAGGCAAGUGCCUUGAUUCUCCUGAUCCUGGCUAUGGCCCUGAAUGUCCACUGGCUAACAGAUUUAAACAGGGUUCAUGUAACCUUACCUUGCAAUCAUUUUAUUGCUAUUCUAUUUUUUGUUGUCUAUUUUGUUGAGCAAGUGCUUGCCUCAUGGAAUAAUUAAUCUACCAAACAGCCCUCUGUCUUUGAUGGUGGUGGAUGUGUCGAGUCUAGGUUCAAGUUGUAUUUAUCAAGGUUGUUGCUCGAUAUUUUAUCAUGGUCUGAUCAGAAUGUAAAGUGAAAAAUUCAAAAGUGGAACGUUGACAUGUUGAAAUUGUACAUAUUAUAUGAAAAAUAUAAUAGAAAUAGCUGAAUUUUAUGGGUCAUAUGCAUACCUUGAUUAACCAUUCUUUAGAAGUGGACAUGGCAGCUUAUAAGGAUACAGAAUCUUUAUGAAUAAAAUGGUGCUUUUUUAGUUUGA